ACAUGGACUUCCUCAACUGGAAUUUGUUGACUGUCGAUAUUGGUGUUGGUGGCGCCACCAACAUUCUUCUGUUUGCUCGGUUUCCGACUGGUGGAGGCAGUCAUGUCGAUUGGGUUUGGAUUCUGGACUUCGGACUCGGAGCUGUUGGAGACUUGGAGUGUAAGAGACUCGGUGACUGGUGGCAAUGGCAGGGAGGACUGUCGGGCAAACAGCGUCGGCGUCGUGUUGUCAGGGAAACGGCGCGCACCGCGGAGGAGUCGGAGGUCUGGACUGGAGGUCGGAGCCUCAGAGGAGAAGUCGAGCCCUGAGCUGCCGCCUGUCGAGGAGGAGUCGCCGCCUGCCGAGGAGGAGGAGUCGGUGAGUCGCCGCCUGUCGAGUGUCGAGGAGGACUGGAGGAGGAGGAGUCGCUGUUGCCACCUUCAGAGUUCAGCCUUCUUCCUUUCCUUCCCACUCCAAGUUCUGAGUUCCGACUUCCGAGCAGAGCUGUUGCUUCGAGUUCGCGAUUCCGAGGGGCGAGGUCUGCGAGGAGGAGACGAGGAGUCAAUCUCCUAGGGUUAGAGUCGACGUCUCGGGCAGGCCGGCAUGCUGAGGUGUGAGGCCCAAUUCAAUAGUGGGAUGGGCGUGGGCCGAGUAUUGGGCUGGGGAGGUGCUGGGUAGUGGCUAAUGGGUUGGGCUGGUUAUUAUUUCGGAAUUCGGUCGGUUAUUUCGGUAAUUCGGUUCAGACGCGUCUGGUUUCCGAAAUACACUACAUUCAUUUCCGAAUUUUGAACCUAAUUUUAUGUAUCUCGGUUUCGGUCGGUUUUUGUUCGGUUCGGUAAAACCGAACCUAAUGCCCACCCCUACCAUUAGGGCAUUACGAAACCAAGUUUAAUUAAAAACCUUCAUAUUCCACUUCGAAGAUUCCAUUUCAAAAAUAGGAGAGUUUAACAUGUCAAAUCACUCAUUUGACAAAAUCUCAAACAACUAUUAAUCAAUGUUAUAUAAAAGCAAGUAGCCCAAAUUUUGUACUUUAUGGAAUAAUCCCAAAUCAUUAUCAAUUAAUGUUCCAAUUACCUUAUGUGCAGCAUAGCUCUGGAGCUGUAUUGUUUGCGUUGGUCUACCUUCAAACUUAGCCGCAUCACGAACCAAAGUAAUUAAGCAAAAAUCUUCAUAUUCCAAGUAGAACGACUCAAUUCAAUUUGGCCAACGCUUUAUACAUAUUGGUUACCCCCUGGACCUGUUGCACUUGCUGCCUUGAGAUCUUCAUGAACACAAUACAAUUGAGGAGAGGAGGCUAUCAAUGGAGUGGAGUGUGUUAAUUAAGAGAAUCAUCAUACGGCUGAAUAAACGGGGUCUUCUUGAUUUGCUAUCCGAACAGUAUGGGUAGCUCCAAUCCGUUGGUUGCUCCAUCUAUGUAUUCUAGUUAGAAUAUGUGGCAUAAGUUGUAGAGAUUAGGGUUCAGUGAUAACUUUGGAACAAGAGGAUAGUAGGUUCAUGGGGGAGGUGACCCAGCGAGUAGAAUGGGAACCUUUGGUGAGGCUGCGAUGGGUGCAUGAUUAGUAGGGCAAAUCACAGUUUGGGUCGUUUAAAUCAAAAAAAUGUUUUUACUUUCGUGCUCAACAAACUGGCCGCAUUAAUUCCUUCUAAAUUUACCCCUCCGAAAAUUCCUUUGGGUGCAUCAAAUUUGAAAUGAGAUCCUUCAUUUCUCAUUUGACCUUUAUAUUAUGCGUAGAUUGUGAGAGUGAUGAGUGUACAUGUAGACAUGUCAUUGUCCUACAAAUUCAUUAACACGCCAAAAUAUAGUGAAAUGUCACCCUAUUAAGUCAAUCUCGUAUAAUGAUCGUUGGAUUCAAUCAUGCCAGAUUAGGAAGAUGUUUAAAAUGCAGUGGUUAACCUGACUAAAAUGUUAAAAGAAUCAGUCCAAUAUAGUUUGCACAAAGAUAUGAUUGCUUCGUAGUAAUUCUGAAAACUAAUACUAAUUAAAGAAGUCGACAUUGCUUCUACAUAUUUAAUAUUGCAAUUCGAUACGCAAUAUUCAAACUAGUGAUAUUUGGAUUGUAAUUUUACGGUUAUCAUAUAUUUAUAAGAUAGAUAGAAAUUUAAAUUAAGUAUCAAAAUACAAUUAAAAUAUGAAAAUUUAAGUAUCAAAACACCAAACAAGUACUUACGGGAGAUUCGGUGGCCAGCUAAUCGUUGAAAAAAGUUAUGAUUUUCUGAAUUUAGGUUCGUAUAUGUUUUUAAUUUAAAAAGAUACAACAAAUGUACUUAAUAUGAUUGGUUAUGAUCCUUGCUUUUUUUUUAAAGUGGUCAUGGUUUGAAUCCCAGUAUCUGUCUUUUUAUGAAUAAAUAAAAAGAGUAAUUGUGA